GUUCACAGAGCUUUUGUUUUAGCUAUUUAGUGAACAUACUGGGAUUAAGAGGCUUGUCAGUGGGUGCAUGUCUGCGGCAGUUGGAAGUGAGGGUGACUUGCCAUCACACGUGACAGGAUUAAGUGUGGAGCUCUCCAAGGUACCUUCUGUAGUGGGGUGUCUGGGGACAGGCAAGCAGGUACACAUCAACAGUCACUCAUUGGGUAGCCAAGUGGUGAUUAGGAUCUUGCUGAGACCAUAUAAAACAAACUGAAGAAGCGCGAUGGCUGGGAACGAGGAGCGCACAUUCAUUGCCAUCAAACCAGACGGCGUGCAACGCGGGAUUAUCGGAGAAAUAAUCAAGCGUUUCGAGCAAAAGGGUUUCAAACUUGUAGGGAUGAAGAUGCUGCAUGCACCGGAGGAGUUGCUGCAAGAACAUUAUUCUGACCUCAAAGGCAGACCUUUCUUCCCCGGGCUUGUCAGCUACAUGACCUCUGGACCAGUCGUUGCGAUGGUCUGGGAAGGUCUAAAUGUCGUUAAGACAGGUAGAGUGAUGCUGGGGGAGACAAACCCUGCUGAAUCCAAGCCAGGCACCAUUCGAGGGGACUUCUGUGUUCAAGUUGGAAGGAACAUUAUCCAUGGCAGCGAUGCGGUUGACAGUGCCAACACAGAAAUCAACCUGUGGUUUAAACCAGAAGAGCUGUGUUCUUACACCAAGUGUGACCACAGCUGGCUUUAUUAGGCUCACCCUUCAACAGUUACUCCUCUGUUUAUUCUGUUGCUUUGUUUGAUAAUCAAGUUCUUAGAAGUCUUCCAUAGGCAUUACCGGUGUCCAUUGUGUGUAUGUUUCAACAUUGGAUUGAGAAUGUGUUGCCAUUU